CCCGCGCCUUCCAUCUAAACCUUAACAGCGAAUGAUAUACGAAGUCAUAUGAAAUUAUAUGUCACACAUGCAACUUACAUAAAUCUUUAAUGCGGCAGCUUUUUCCAUUGUCUUGUUGAAGUAUAUAAUAAAGGAGAGAGGAAGAGAGGAGAAGCGCAGUCGAUUGAAAGGCCGUUAAAAAGGAUACCACGAGGACAGCAUGAACAUAUUCAUGUACACGUGUGUGCUAUGGUUGUUGUACAUAGGCUUUAAAGGAGCCGUAGGGUACGGAGAAUGUGUGGUGUUUUGUGGUAACGGAAAGGUCCCUAACGCAACCGAUGUGAUGUUCGCCUGUAUUAAAAAAGGGGACUGCUCUUACUGCAGAUUCGCCCCAAACUGCUGCCCGGACCAAUUGUCGUGUAAUACACCCAUAUCGUCCCCAGACGAACGCUGCCUCGUCUGUCCAGGAGAGGAGUGUGUGUAUGAUGGCAACUCGUAUCCUCCUAAAGAAACGUUCGAUUCCAUAGACGGAACAAAUACAUGCACAUGCAAGACUGGUGGGUCGGUGACGUGUACUGAGGAGUCCUUACCGUCGUCAGUCAGCGAAUUUUGUAAUUAAUUAUUCCAUGGAGCGACCAACUAUUAGUCUUUUUUGUCUGAAUAAAGAGAUUUGUUUAUUUCAUCG